AUUUUUUUCAAAAAGGAGGUUCCUCGUAGGACUAGCUGAUCUUGUUUAUAAGCUCCACCAUCAUCUCAUUAUCCACCUACCCCUUUGUAUUCACAGUCCCCAUUCUGAUCAUCAACACAAAAACCAUGAAAAUUAAAGGUGCAGAGUUUAGCCAGUGAAACCCUAGACAGCCCCAUCCCAAACUCUAAAACAAGACCUAGCAAGCUUCAGAAAUGUUGCCACCAACAAUGAUGAGCCAGCAGAUGUGGGCAACAAUGGGCUCAACCCUAGCAAGCUUCAUGUUCAUCUGGGCAAUCAUCCGCCAGUACUGUCCGUACGAACUCCGCCACUUCCUGGAGCGAUACUCCCACAGAGUCACCGGCUACUUCUACCCCUACAUCGAAAUUUCCAUCCACGAGUUCACCGGCGAUCGCCUCAAGCGAAGCGAGGCCUACUCCGCUGUGGAGGCCUACCUCAGCUCCAACACCUCCAAGAGCGCCAAGCGGCUCAAGGCGGAGAUGGUGAAGGACAGCGGCAACCUCAUCCUCAGCAUGGACGAGUACGAGAGAGCGACGGAUGAUUUCAGGGGGACCAAAGUCUGGUGGGUUUUGUUCAAAUCCGUGUCCCCUGGCGGGAGAUCUAUGUCCAUGGCCUAUUAUCCCGACCAGGAGAAACGAUUUUACAAGUUGACUUUUCACAAAAAGUACCGGGACAUAAUCACGGUGGACUAUUUAAACCAUGUCGUUAAUGAAGGGAAGGAGAUCCGUGUAAGAAAUCGGCAGAGGAAGCUGUACACAAAUAGUCCGGGGUACAAAUGGCCGAGCUACAAGCAGACGAUGUGGAGCCACAUUGUGUUCGAGCACCCGGCAACGUUUGAGACAAUGGCGUUGGAUCCGGAGAAGAAGAAGGAGAUCAUCGAAGAUCUGGUGACUUUCAGCAAAAGCAAGGACUUUUAUGCAAGGAUUGGGAAAGCUUGGAAGAGGGGUUACUUGCUGUACGGUCCUCCGGGGACCGGGAAGUCCACGAUGAUAGCCGCGAUGGCGAAUCUGUUGGGGUACGAUAUUUAUGACUUAGAGCUCACCGCAGUGAAGGACAAUACGGAGCUGAGGAAGCUUUUGAUUGAGACGACGAGUAAGAGUAUUAUUGUGAUCGAGGACAUAGACUGUUCGCUUGAUUUGACAGGGCAGAUGAAGAAGAGGGGGGCGGCGGAGAAGGGUUUUCUGGAGGAGGAGGUGAAAGGUGGAGGAGCCUGGAAGGAGCGGAUUAAGGAGCCGAAAGAGGAAGUGUACGGCGGCAGCAGCAAGGUGACGCUUUCGGGGCUGUUGAACUUCAUUGAUGGGUUAUGGUCUGCUUGCGGAGGUGAGAGGCUGGUUGUUUUUACUACUAAUUAUGUUGAGAAGCUUGAUCCAGCAUUGAUUCGGAGGGGUAGAAUGGACAAACACAUUGCCCUUUCUUACUGUACUUUUGAUGGGUUUAGGGUUUUGGCCAAGAAUUACUUGAGGAUUGAGAGGCAUGAGACGUUUGAUGAGAUAGAAAAGCUGAUGGGAGUGACGAAAAUGACCCCGGCCGACGUUGCUGAGAAUCUCAUGCCAAAGUCACCAAAUGAUGAUCCGGAGAAAUGUCUUUUGAAUUUUAUCCAAGCUCUUGAGGAAGUGAAGGGGGAAGCUGCAAAGAAAAAAUAUGAGGAGAUCAAAGAGAUUGAUACAAGCAAGGAGGAUGAGGUGGCGGUCGAGGAGGAGGAGGGAGGAGGAAACAAAGAGGUUGAAGGUAAGAGAGAUUUGGUUGCCAAUAUAAUUAGGGCAGCUAGGGCAAGUGGGUGAUUAUUUGGGGUUUUUGAGUUUGAUGAUGUCAAUUAAGAUUACUAAUCUCAUUAUUUGGAUAAAAAAAGUUGAGAGUUCAAGCAAAAA